GUCUUAGUUAUGUUUUUGUGUAUAAAUUCUACAUUCACCGUAUCCGCCACCGGAGCAUGGACCCUUCUCCAAACCAACAUUGGCAUUACUGCCAUGCACAUGCAACUUCUCCCUAACGACCGAGUUGUUAUAUUCGACCGUACAGAUUUCGGUCUCUCGAAUAUAUCUCUACCAGAUGGCAAAUGUCGUGAAGACGCUAACGAAAUCAUUAUAAAAAAAGAUUGUACUGCACAUUCUAUAGAGUAUGAUAUUGGGUCAAAUGCUAUACGUCCGUUAAUGGUUUUAACGGACGUUUGGUGCUCAUCGGGCUCUCUGAUGCCCGAUGGCACCCUUGUUCAAACCGGAGGGUUUAAUGAUGGUGACCAUGUUGUUAGAGUUUAUAAAUCUUGUGAAAAAUGUGAUUGGAAUGAAAUUCAGGCAGGGUUGAUUAAUAGAAGGUGGUAUGCUACUAAUCAUAUAUUGCCUGGUGGCCGCCAGAUAGUAAUUGGCGGCCGCAGGCAAUAUAAUUAUGAGUUUUAUCCGAAGGUAAAGCCUUCGGAAAAAGCUCAUAGCUUGCCAUUUUUAGUUCAAACUAAUGAUCCAAAGUUAGAAAAUAAUUUAUAUCCAUUUGUGUUUCUUAAUCCGGAUGGUAAGCUGUUUAUUUUCGCAAAUAAUCGAGCAAUUUUGUUUGAUUAUUCAAGAAAUAAAGUUGUCAAGACAUUUCCAGAAAUACCUGGUGGUGAACCUAGGAAUUACCCGAGUACCGGGUCAGCAGUUUUGCUUCCUUUGAAGAUUGUAAAAGGGAAGGUGGUUGCUGUUGAGGUUUUGGUUUGUGGUGGUGCACCUAAAGGAGCAUUUGUGAAUGCUCAAAAUGGGAUAUUUGAUGGAGCUUUGAAAACUUGUGCAAGAAUUGGAGUUUCUGACCCGAAUCCAAAAUGGGUCAUGGAGACUAUGCCAUUGGCCCGUAUUAUGGGUGACAUGUUGUUGCUUCCAUCCGGUGAUGUUUUGAUCAUUAAUGGUGCAUCGGCUGGUAGUGCUGGAUGGGAAUACGGAAGAGACCCGGUUCUUAACCCGGUUACAUACAAGCCCGAUAAACCAAUCGGGUCAAGAUUUAUGGUUCAAACAGCAAGCACCGUACCUAGAAUGUACCAUUCAACCGCGAUAUUGAUUCGCGAUGGUCGUGUUCUAGUUGGUGGAAGCAACCCUCACAUUUUUUAUAACUUUACUAACGUACUUUAUCCUACUGAAUUAAGAUUCGAGGCGUUUUCACCAUCAUAUCUACAUCCUAGAUUAAUUAACAGACGACCCAAGAUAUCACCUGAUUCCAAGACCCAGUUUGGGUAUGGGGACCAGGUGACAAUCAGGUUCAUACUUCCGGGUCACGUGGACCCGGAUUUAAUAUAUGUAGCAAUGGUUGCACCUUCUUUCAACACACACUCAUUUUCCAUGAACCAAAGAUUGUUGAUCCUUGACCAAAUGAACACAACCAAGCCCAUUGGAACCAUGAAGUACCAAGUAACAGUGACUGCGCCGCCUUCUGCCAACAUUGCACCAGGAAGACAUUACCUUUUGUUUGUGGUUCAUAGAAAAGUUCCAAGUGAAGGCAUUUGGGUCCAAAUUACUAGUUGACAAGAAAAAGAGAAACUUAGUGAAGGCAUGCAUGCAUAUCCGUGAAUUUUUGAUUUAGAAAUCUUGUGACACUCACACCCGUGAUAGAUCUUGUUCACAUGGAUAGCUAGAGAUGAUGAUCACCAAGAAUAUGUACACCAUUAUUAGAUCACUACUAGGGAGGGCUUGUUUUUAGGCACAAAUAAUAAGGUUGGAAACAAACAAAAAGUAGUUAAACAAAAUGAUAUUGGAUAUUUUGAAAGAUAUAAUAUUUCAUGUUAAUUUUGUUGA